ACAUUAUUUAAUCCAACCAUUUUAAUUCUCUAUAAAUGGUUGAACUCCGGUACUCCAUUCAUUUCAUCACCAUUCAGUUUUUCUCCUUUAAAGACAUGGCAAGACUAGGUAUUUUUGUGCUAGUUUUCUCCUUUCUACUUUACAUGGCUGUCAUAGCUUCAUCUGCUUCAAGUCCAACAGACUACAUCGUUGCAUCGUGCAAAACCACAAGCUACCCUGCGUUAUGCGUCCAAUGCCUGUCCGGUUAUGCCAAGGCGAUUCGGAAAAACGACCGACACCUUGCUCAAACUGCUUUAUCAGUGAGCCUAUCCAGGGCUCAGUCAGCUGCGGCUUAUAUUGCCAAGAUGAUUCAUGUUAGGGGUAUCAAGCCUAAGGAGCGUCAAGCAAUUAAAGACUGUAUAGAAAACAUGGGUGAUAGUGUGGACCGACUUAGCCAGUCUGUGAAGGAACUCGGCCGUAUGGGACGUGGUGUAGGUCAGGACUUCAUGUUUCACAUGAGCAACGUGCAGACAUGGGUCAGCGCUGCACUAACAGAUGAGAAUUCUUGCCUUGAUGGCUUUGCAGGCAGAGUCAUGGAUGGAAACAUCAAGGUUGCACUAAGACGCAGGGUCGUCCAUGUUGCUCAAGUUACUAGCAAUGCGCUUGCAUUAGUGAAUCGUUUUGCUGCAAGACACCGACCGGCUAAACUUACUGAGCAGCCUUAGAUUCAACCUAAAAUAUCUGGUUUAUGUAUAAAAGUGUUGGUUUGGAAAGCAAGGUUUAUACCAGCCUGGAUUUUGUGUAAAGGGGUUCGGCCUGCUUGAAAUGUCUGUAACUAUAUCAUAUAACGACUCCAAGUCUAUGGCGAAUACUACUUGUU